UAAACUAAACCCUACAACUCUGGGAGCUGGAGGGCUGUCCAUUUCAAGCGCUCUGAAAAAAUGUAAAGUAGCAGACGCAAUAACACCAGCCAUUAAAAUUCUAAAAAAAAAUAACACCAGCCAUUUGCUCUGGUGAUUCUUCACUUGCAUUCGUCAGUGCCAAUGGCAGCACUUCGUCUCGCCGUAAGCAACGUGAUACUCUGCCUUCUUCUCCCCUCUUCCUCUUCCUCUUCUUCACCAAUCUGCGCCGCCAGGAUGCAGGACCAUGUCAGAACGGCGUACCACUUCCAGCCGGCCAAGAACUGGCAGAACGAUCCAAAUGGCCCCGUCUACUACAAUGGUAUGUAUCACCUGUUCUACCAGUACAACCCGCACGGCGCGCUCUGGGACGUCGGCAACCUCUCCUGGGGCCACUCCGUCUCCGGCGACCUCGUCAACUGGGCCGCCCUCGGCAACGCGCUCGACCCGACGGCGCCCUUCGACGCCAACGGCUGCGCGUCAGGGUCUGUCACCAUCCUCCCUGACGGCCAACCCGUGAUCCUCUACUCCGGCAUCGACGCCGAGCGCCGGCAGGUCCAGAACAUCGCGCUCCCCAAGAACCCGCGCGACCCGCUCCUGCGCGAGUGGACCAAGCCCAGCUACAACCCCGUCGUCCCGCUCCCCGCCGACGUGUCGGCCGACAACUUCCGGGACCCCACCACGGCGUGGCUCGGCCGCGACGGGCUGUGGCGGUUCGCCAUCUCCGCCGUGGCCACCGGCGUCGGCACCACGCUCGUGUACCGCAGCGCCGACUUCCUACGCUGGGAGCGCAACGCCGCGCCGCUGCACGCGUCGCGGGACGCGGUGAUGGCCGAGUGCCCGGACCUGUUCCCCGUCGCGGCGCGCGGCGCGGAGGGGCUGGACACGUCGGCGCGCGGCCCCGGCGUGAGGCACGUCCUCAAGGUGAGCAUGCCGGACACGCUCCAGGACUACUACACCGUCGGGCGGUACGACGACGAGGCGGACACGUUCACCCCGGACGAGGACGUCGCGCGCGGCGGCGGCGACGACGACUACCGGAGCUGGCGGAGGAUCGACCACGGGCACCUGUACGCGUCCAAGACGUUCUUCGACGCGCGCAAGAACCGGCGGGUGCUGUGGGCGUGGGUGAACGAGUCCGACAGCGAGGCCGACGACGUCGCCAGGGGCUGGUCCGGCCUCCAGUCGUUCCCGCGGGCGCUGUGGCUGGACCCCGCCGGGAGGCAGCUGCUGCAGUGGCCCGUCGAGGAGAUCGAGACGCUGCGGAGGGGACGCGCGGCCCUGCUGGGCGCGGAGGUGGAGUCCGGCGGGCUGCGCGAGAUCGGCGGCAUCGCGGGCUCGCAGGCGGACGUGGACGUCGUGUUCGAGAUCCCGAGCCUGGAGCGGGCCGAGGGCCUCGACGGCAACCGGCUGCUGGACGCCGACGCGCUGUGCGGGGAGAAGGGCGCCUCCGUGCAGGGCGGGGUCGGGCCGUUCGGGCUGCUGGUGAUGGCGUCCGGCGACGACCUGCGGGAGCACACCGCCGUGUUCUUCAGGGUGUUCCGGCUCCUCCACGGCGAGUACACCGUCCUCAUGUGCACGGACCUCACCAGGUCCUCCACGAAGGCAGGGGUGUACAGACCGACGCAUGGAGGAUUCGUGGACGUGGACAUAGAGAAAGACAGGAGCAUAUCGCUGAGAACAUUGAUCGACCACUCGAUCGUUGAGAGCUUUGGAGGUGGAGGGCGGACAUGCAUGACUGCCAGAGUGUACCCCGAGCACGCCGCAACAAGCAGCAGCCACCUGUACGUGUUCAACAAUGGAUCGGAUGCGGUGAGGGUGCCCAAGCUCGAGGCCUGGGAGCUUGCCCCGGCGAGCGUCAAUGUAGUACCUGAACAAGAAGAAGAAGAAGAAGAAGAAGAAGACGGCUUGGCUGCAUCCAGUAAUAUGUGCACAAGUUCGGUGUAUUAGCAGGAGUACUUGUUGGUUCUAUGAUCAUCGCGUCGUAGAGGUAGCAACAUGAUGGAACAAUUUUAGACGAUGGAAAUUAAAUAAACCACUUAACGG